GGGGGCCGGGCCGCAGGGAGGCGGCGCGCGGGGCUCGCUGCGCUCAGUCUCCUUCCGAUCAUCGCAGCCCGGCCGGCGGGAGCGGAGCCCGAGCCGGAGCCGGAGCCGGAGCCGGAGCCAGGGCCUCGGAGCAGGGAGGUGGAGGGCGGGUGAAGAGCUGGCGGAGCGGUGCACUGGAGCGCAGACCGUGCCUGGACCCCCGCCGUGUGCGAGUCUCCCUGGCGAUUCCGCAUACAUGUCAAAAGCAUCUCCUGUGAAGCAUAAGAACCCCUGACCGUGGAAGUGCCGCACAAGCACCAUUGACUAUACAGUGAGGCAAAGCAUGAAAGAGCCAUCCCGGUGAGUUUACGAUUGGAAGACCACCUCGCCCACCAGGAGCCCAGAGAUGGAUGUGCACCAGAGCACCACCCUCCCUUCCCCUGAGAAACGGUGUCCAGCCACCUCACUUUCUGGCUGCAGGAAACACCACGCUGUCAGGAAAAGACUGAAGUUCAUUCGAAUCUUAGGCCUUUUCAUGGGCCUGGUCGCCAUCAGCAUGGUCCCAUUUUCAAUCAGCGUCUUUUCCGAGACAGAGACACAGAGCACGGGAGAGGCCGGUGGUGCAGCCGGCCCCGGGGUGGCCCACGGCUACCGGCAGAGAACUCUCCUAGAUUUAAACGACAAGAUUCCGGAUUACACGUCACAGCCGCCUCUUUCCGAGGAAGGCGAAUCUGAGAACAGUACCGAUGAGGACCAAGGGAACUACCCAAGAGACAUCUUUUCCCUCGAGGAUCGACGCAAAGGCGCCAUCCUCCUCCACGUCAUUGGGAUGAUCUACAUGUUCAUAGCCUUGGCCAUCGUCUGCGAUGAGUUCUUUGUUCCUUCGUUGACUGUCAUCACUGAAAAGCUGGCCAUCUCUGAUGAUGUUGCCGGAGCCACCUUUAUGGCUGCUGGGGGCUCGGCCCCAGAACUGUUCACGUCUCUCAUAGGAGUGUUUAUUGCUCACAGCAAUGUGGGCAUAGGCACAAUCGUGGGCUCCGCGGUGUUCAACAUCCUCUUUGUGAUUGGCAUGUGCGCGCUGUUCUCCAGAGAAAUCUUGAACCUGACCUGGUGGCCCCUCUUCCGGGAUGUGUCCUUCUACAUCAUCGACUUGAUCAUGCUGAUCAUAUUUUUCCUGGACAACUUCAUCAUGUGGUGGGAGAGCCUGCUUCUCCUCACAGCUUACUUCGUCUACGUGAUCUUCAUGAAGUUCAACGUCCAGGUGGAAAGAUGGGUGAAGCAAAUGAUAAGCCGCAAUAAAGUCGUCAAGGUGGCAGCGCCAGAGGCCCAAGCAAAGGGCUCCAAAACUGUCCUGGAACUGGGGUGUUCAGCAAGACAGCUGAAAGUAGCAACUGGUGGGGACCUGAGUCAGACUCAAAGAAGAGAGCAACAGUCGAAGCCAGAGAAUAAGUCAUCUACAGUCAGGGACAAGGAUGAACCAACUCUGCCGGCUAAGCCACGUCUCCAGCGAGGUGGAAGCUCUGCCUCCCUCCACAACAGCCUCAUGAGGAAUAGCAUCUUCCAGCUCAUGAUACACACCCUCGACCCACUCGCUGAAGAGCUUGGAUCAUAUGGAAAACUAAAAUAUUAUGACACAAUGACUGAAGAAGGGAGGUUCAGAGAAAAGGCUUCCAUUCUCCACAAGAUUGCCAAGAAGAAGUGCCAGGUGGAUGAGAACGAGAGGCAGAAUGGGGCUGCCAAUCACGUGGAAAAAAUCGAGCUGCCCAACAGCACCAGCACGGAAGUGGAAAUGACGACAUCCAGUGAUGCUUCAGAGCCCGUGCAAAACGGCAACCUCUCCCACGGCAUUGAAGCUGUGGAGGCCCAGCAGACCGCAGAAACGGGUGAUGAGGAGGAGGACCAGCCUCUCAGCCUGGGCUGGCCUUCCAACCCCCGCAAGCAAGUCACGUUCCUGAUUGUCCUCCCCAUCGUGUUCCCUCUCUGGCUCACCUUGCCUGAUGUCCGCAAGCCUUCCGCAAGGAAGUUUUUCCCCAUCACGUUCUUCGGCGCCAUCACCUGGAUCGCAAUAUUCUCUUACUUAAUGGUCUGGUGGGCACACCAGGUUGGAGAGACAAUUGGCAUUAGUGAGGAGAUUAUGGGUCUGACCAUCUUGGCUGCUGGGACCUCCAUCCCUGACCUUAUCACCAGUGUCAUAGUGGCCCGGAAGGGGCUUGGGGACAUGGCUGUAUCCAGCUCUGUCGGAAGCAACAUUUUUGACAUCACCGUAGGGCUUCCACUGCCCUGGCUGCUAUUCACCAUGAUCCACAGGUUCCAGCCCGUGGCCGUGAGCAGCAAUGGCCUCUUCUGUGCCAUCGUCCUGCUCUUCAUCAUGCUGCUCUUCGUCAUCCUCUCCAUUGCCCUCUGCAAGUGGCGCAUGAACAAAGUGCUGGGCUUCAUCAUGUUCGGCCUCUACUUCGUGUUCCUCGUGCUCAGCGUGCUCCUCGAAGACCGGAUCCUCGAGUGCCCGAUCUCCGUCUAGAGGGAAAGCCAUCUCUUGAACCAACAGCAGCCCAGGUGGGCCCUCCCCCCGCUCUGGGUUCUAGACUCCCUGGUCUCUGGAGAAGAGGCAGCGGGCACCCAGCCCGGGCGUGUGGCGUGGCCCUCCUUGGUGGACGUGAGGAGGAGCUGCCCGCCUCACAGACUGCUGCCACCCUUUGCCUGCGGAAACGGCUUCAUGCGAGAGGCAGAGAGAACUGUCCAUCCGGGGCUUCUCUGCACGCACUACUGACAGGUACUCCUCGCUGGUCGGAGGUACAUUCUCUGUAACGAUGCAGACAAUGACAGAGCUGUGUAUACACCUAUAAGUUAUUCAGAGUAUACAUAGAUGCACAUGAAUACACGGCCUGUUCCUGUACCAUACCUCUCCUUCCACACCUAUAGAGUCAUGCACACCUGUACACACGAACACAAAGACACACCAUAUAUAUAAAAUUAUAUAUGUAUAUGUAUAUGUAUAUGUAUAUAUAAAUACACAUGCAUCUUUUCAGGGAUAGCUCUAAUAUAUUUAUAAUAUCUAUUUGAAGAGGGGCACUGACCUUCUGUGUGAGCUUUACCUCUUAAGGGCAAGAGGUACACCAAUGGAAUCAUUGCUGUGGCCUUCUGCCUACCUUGAACUCCCUGGGAUCCUGCUGGGUAAGGUGGAUGCUUCAGGGAUGUAGGUCUUGGGGAAGAGGGCUGGGCGGGGAGGGUCUGUCGUGGCCCUGAGUUGAGCCCUCCAAACAUUUCCACAAGCCAAACAGGGGAGACUCUCUGCCCACCCGCAGGGUUCCCCGGGACAGAAGGAGGUCAAACCCGGACGUAGUUGACAAAGGUUUGGGGGCAGAGGGACGCUAACCAGGGUUGUUGUUUUUGGUUUGUUUUAAAUAUAUAUAUAUAUAUACCUCCCCAGCAUGCGAGUAGAAACUAUGACUGCAAACCAAAUUAGCACUCUUCUAGGACAGCGAGACUAUAUCAAAUGAAUCUCGGCUGUUUCCAUGCAUGUCCCAUUGCCAUCAAAGGAAGAGAGGCAAGCACAGAUGCAGUUGUCACUUAGACACAUUCUGAUGCUAAGGGCUCUCCUGUAAUCCAAAUGCUGCCCAGAGAGCCUGGAUGUGGUAGUACAAUAAGAAAUUCCAUCCAGUAGAGGUGCACAGUGAGACUUGCCACCUAAAGGGAAUGGAAAGCAUGGUUCUUCAAAGCCUCUUCCAGUGUGGUCAUAGAGGGCUUCAGUAUCUGAAGAAAUCAUUGCUCCUUAGAUAGAGCUCCGUGGACUCUGACCAAGACUGCUUGGGUGGAGGAAGCGCAGAGAUGUGUGGGAAGGCAUUUGCACACGGGGAAUGUUUCUGAGUCCUCUGUGGAGUGGUGCCAAGACCAGGAUUUAAAGCUCAUGCACCAUCCAUGCUUCUCCUGCCAUCGGGACCCACCUGGGACUCUCGCUAGCUUGCAGAGUACACAGAAGGCCGUACUCGACAGCUUCUUCACACUGGCCUCCAGCCAGCCCCGCCAAGGCGUUGAUUUUUUUUUUUAUUUUGCUCAGCGCUCAUGGGAUAAUUCCAUUCCACUCAUGCAGUACCCCCAGAUUCUGUUUGACACCAUGUAUGAUUUCUCAGAUCUAUGUGAAUAGAAAAUAAAAUCAGCAGGAAAAUAAUGGCCUACUAAAUGGAUGGAAAAUACUCAGUCUUUCAUUUCCCUGAGUUACCCUUUUCCUAAAAUCGGUUGAAAAAGUCCAUUGAGGGUGGCUCAUUAUUCCAUACCCUUCCUACACCUAAGCUGGCACACACCUCCUGUGGGGGCUCUACCACUCAUGUUCUCACCUCCAGGCUAUUGUGCCAUUGACACGGCUGUGAUUUAGUUGUGAGCACAGACCUCCUAACAUAGGGAGACAGGAUGCAGACAGAACUCGCCGCUGAGAAAAAGAGGAAGUUCCAGAUCAAGCUCAGUGUUCCUUCCGCAGAACCUCGGCUCCCUGCACAGAGCCUGGCAGUAACAGCCAGUGCCCUUCAUUGCUCCUCACCCACAUGCAGAAAGCACUUCUAACGGAGGCCCCCUGGGAAAAAGCCGGUACCGCCCAUGAGGCGGGCUCUCAGGUCUCCCCAGCACUGCAGAGUCUGGCUUUCGGUUGUGUGAGAUAAACCCGCAUCUCAUUCCGCAAGGGCAAUAUUUUGUUUUGAGGCAAGAAUUUGUGCUGGUUCCUUAGAGUGAAUGAGAAUACAUGAACUUUUAGUUAAAAACUCUGCUUGUCUUCCCUGUGCUUGGUGACUUGAAGGGGCACAGAGUUGGUUAUUGCAUGGAUGUGUGUUAUCGACUGGUCUGUUAUUUGAAAGAAGGUUUGAAUAGGUGACUCUGACUCCGCCACAGAUAGACUGUAAACCGGAAAGGAUGAGGGAGGUCCGGUGAAGCCCUGUUCUUCCUCCAGUACUUCCUGAUGCUCCCCCAACCCCCCACCCUGCCUCCUCGCUUCUUCCUAUUAGCUCCCUGAUCACAGUAAAGACUCAGCAGCCAAGGAGCUCCUUUUCAUAGGGACACAUCUGUUCGUUCACGAAGAUCUGUACUUGAGAAGACCCUCUCAAGGCCCAGGCCCCACCCCCAUGACGCACACUGCAGGGUGGUAUACAGGCUCCACCUCCGCGCCCCUGCGCGCCCCUCACUAUGUGCCUGUGAGGUGAAGUGUUGGGCUGCGGUGAGUCCAGAGAGAAGCGUAUGGGAUGCAGCAGAUCUUUAAAAGCAUCGAGGUCAUUCCCAUAAGGAAGUGUCUCUCCUCAGUAGGUCACCUCUACUGCCUCUUCUGCAUGCCUGUGUAUAUACAUAUAUAAAUACAUAUUUGAGAGCAGAUCUAUAUGUAUAUACACAACACUACCACUUACAUCCUCACCCUCUGACCAAUCACAUUCAGGAUUCAAAAGCAGGGAGCACAAGUUUGCCAAAGUGAAGGAAAGAGAGUCCUGCUCGCCCACAGCUCAAGGAAACAUUUCCUCCUGACCUCCCAAGGUUUGUUCUGUGUACACACACAUCUCGACAUACACUCAUGUUCCCAACCCAUGUAUUUCCCCACCCCGAGAGUAUAGAUUCACAGCCUAUCAGUCAUGUCCCUAGUGCUGAUGGAGAGACAAAAAUACACAACAGAAAAGUACAAGGGGGGAAAUAAUUUGGACUGCAGAUACUACAGCAGGGUAUAUAAAAUAAUAUCAAAAAUUCAAGAGCCAACUUUGUACUGCUCAAUCUAAAAUAAAGGAGCUGCACCACAUGGUGCCAUUUACCCACAGUGAAGGGCACGGGUCUUACUGUCACCUCCCCCCCGCCCUAGGCAGCCUCAGAACAGGAGAGCAACUUGGCUCACACUGAGAAUGCCCAAACAGAACCUUCUAGAUUGAGCCUGGGAAUUGCCACGCUGAGUCUGACAAGCUCCUGAAGAACUGAAGCUGGGGGUUAGACAGUGUUCCGCUCGGGCCGUGGGCUGAGCCGAGCCAUGACAGAUCCAGAAAGCACAGCCCUGUGCAGGGAAGAGUGGGGGGGUCGCUUAUCAGUUUGGCGGAUGUGGAAGAAUAGCCUAAAGCCUUUUCAGGCAAUUUUAAAAAGAGGCAGGGACUGUUUCAUAUUCAGGGGAAAUGCUUUGUAAGGCUUUUAACGAGUGUCACCUGACAAGGGCCAUUAUUAUUUACUUUCUAAGGAAGACGCAAAUCAGGUGGUUUUAGAGCCUUUUCAGCAAAACACAGCUGCCUCGCUGAUGAGACAUUUGUAAUAUUAAAGAACAUCAAUCCCUGGGCAGGGAGAGAGUUGGCACACUCCCCACCAUUGCUCACCGCUCUUAAACCGACUCCUCUGUAAAGGGAGAUAGGAGGUGAGCUCUGACAGAAAGCUGACCAAGGGAAUGACAGCAGACAGAGCUGCUGGCCAGGCAGAAAGAUGGAGGAGAUGGAAAUUCUCUUAAGUGCUUCGCUGAAAUGAUUGGCUUGGGAUAUCUGACAUGGGUCCUAUGACCUAUCUGCAUACAAGCAUUUCAAAAAACUCCAGUAAGCUUUAUUCUUUACAUCUACCAACACACGCACACACACACACACACACACACACACACACACACGAGAUUAGGAGGAUGCCAUACUUCCUUGCACCAAACAGACUGCUACUCCAUUAAUUAAGUGGCUGUAUUAUAAGCGGCAGUCCUGCUCUAAAAGAAAUAAAGGGAAGAUAUCCUCAGGAUGAUUUCUAGAGAAGUCAGCUAUCUCGUGAACCUCAUUAUAGGAGCUAAUGCUCAUCCUUGCUAAGCCAGAUCUCACAUAACCAUUGGAUUAAUAUUUUUAAAGACAUCCCCUCAACUCUUAGAGUUUCCCCAGCAAUACCAUCUUCAAUUAGGGCUUAUCAUUAAGAGGGAGUCAAUGGGGGAAGAAGAGAAGAAUAAAAAAAGGAGAAAUCAACUUAUUUUUACUGGGUUUCCAAGAAAGUAGGUGUCACAUUGAUAUAUACUCCCAGGUAGUUUAAAAUAAUUACAACAUUCAGGCUUUUUUAAACCACUUACAAGAGUCCCAGAUUUAAAAUCUUUCCCUUCUCAAGGAGGCCUUGGGGAAGGUAGGUAAUACACCCCUGGUUCGCUGUCUCUUUAACUUUAGCUUCUUGCCUCUGGAUCUUUGUGUUUCUCUUUUAAUCUCACUUCUUCAUAUUCUCUGAAAUGUAUACAAGAAAAGCAAUAAAGGGCACUCAC